AUGCUCAUCAGCGAUAUCAGAAGACAUUUUGAGAUAGAAAUAUUGGACCCUAAGACUGCGUUUCUCAAAAUGGAGCUGCAUGUUGGAUGUGGAAAAAAUGCAAGCGACACUGCAACUGUCUGCCUUUUUUACAAGGACCCUAGUGCGUGCAGUGACGACAAAGUUGAAACAACGACACAUCCAGCCACUCAGUCUGAUGGCGGUGUAGAAAACAUCACUACAUCCCCAUUAGCUCAAAGUGCUACACAAUCCCCAUUGACUAUAUCACACACGACAACCAGCACCAGUACAGCACUUAAAACUAUUCACACAUCCAUUGUCAGUGCACCAUUAAAAGAUAAUGACACAUCCACAAUCACUGCACCACAAAAAGCUAUUCACACAUCAAUUGUCAGUGCACCAUUCAACGAUAUUGACACAUCCACAAUCACUGCACCACAAAAAGCUAUUCACACAUCCAUUGUCAGUGCACCAUUCAAAGAUAUUGACACAUCCACAAUCCGUGCACCACAAAAGGCUAUUCACACAUCCACAAUCACUGCACCACUUACAACUAUUCACACAUCCAUUGUCAGUGCACCAUUCAACGAUAUUGACACAUCUACAAUCACUGCACCACAAAAAGCUAUUCACACAUCCAUUGUCAGUGCACCAUUCAACGAUAUUGACACAUCCACAAUCACUGCACCACAAAAAGCUAUUCACACAUCCAUUGUCAGUGCAACAUUCAACGAUAUUGACACAUCCACAAUCUUUGCUCCACAAAAAGCUAUUCACACAUCCAUGGUCAGUGCACCACUCAAAGAUAUUGACACAUCCACAAUCACUGCUCCACAAAAAGCUAUUCACACAUCCAUUGUCAGUGCACCACUCAACGAUAUUGACACAUCCACAAUCACUGCACCACAAAAAGCUAUUCACACAUCCAUUGUCAUUGCACCACUCAACGAUAUUGACACAUCCACAAUCACUGCACCACAAAAAGCUAUUCACACAUCUAUUGUCAGUGCACCACUAACAGCUAUUGACACAAACACAAUGAGUUCACCAAAAUCAACUAUUGACACAUCCAUUGUCAGUGCACCAUUAAAAGAUAUUGACAUAUCCACAAUCAGAACACCAAAAUCAACUAUUGACACAUCUUCAAUCAGUGCACCACUAACAGCUAUUCACACUCCCAUUGUCAUUACACCACUACCAGAUAUUGAAACAUCCACAAUCACUGCAUCACUAACUAGUAAAACUACCAUUGCCGCUACCACCCCCAGUACACCACAGACAACCUUAGAUACAUCUACGACCACCGCAACAAAUGAACCCACCAGACAUAUUUCACCGACGCCAUCCACGACUACACCCGACACCACACCCCAUAAUGAAACACACAGGUUUACUACAACACCAUCAUCCCCAAGGGAACCGACUUCAGCAUGCGGCUACAACUGUACUAGUACUGACGAAUGGGUGGCAUCUGCUUCCAAUAUGGCACAGAAACUGAGUGACAAAAAACUCAGCGCAAGAGAACGAGGACACAUGAUCAACUCUUUUUUAAGCCUUCUUGCCACAAACAUAUCUAAAAUAAGAUCUGUCGUUGAUGUGAGAGCUAUUCUCACCAUUUUCUCGCUAAUAGACAGAGUCUUAGCAGAACUUGACGUGGAGGUCUGUGAUAAAAUUAUUAUGAAUACAGCAAUUAUAUCCAACCAUCUUGUUUCGAUUGAUGACAAAGUCUGGUCAGAACUAAACAGAGACGGUCCCGGAAUGUCAUUCCUGUUAAAUAUUGUGGAGAACAUAGUCAGAUCAAGUCUAAAGUGGUUGAAUGGGACGAAUUCAGUUAAUAAACAAAGCCACAUCACUAUUGGACGCUUCAGUAGCUUGGGUGACUUCAUUUCACAAGGAAAUUUCCAACAAAAUGAUGCGGGGUUUAAUGCAGUUAUCUUGUCGGAAGAUAAAACUGAGAAAACCCAAACUGGAGUUGUUUAUUACAGAAACAUUGGUAGCAAAUUAAGAAUUAAUGAACUACAAAAUAAAUACAGUAAUCUGAAAACCUCUGCUGAGUUAUACAUCAACUCUGAUGUUGUGUCUCUUACAAGUACCAUAACCAGGCCUGUGCUUGUAGAAAUCACAUUCUCCCUCACACAUCAAACCUCAGAACAUCUAGAAUGUGUGUUUUUGGACAGUUAUAGUACUCCAAAUGUGUGGUCAAAUCAAGGCUGCUCACUUGAACAUAGAAACUCAACACAUGUCACUUGCAAGUGUGACCAUUUGACUAUUUUUGCGAUUCUUACAAGUUUAUACCAGAUAGUGAGCUAUUUAUUCACCUAA